AUUAUCGGGCAUAAUUAUUGAUUAAAGUGUUUGCUGUUGAAUGUGAAAAAACAAGAAGCUUGGUUUCGCUAACUGCGCAGUGUAGCUAGCGCUGUGUUUAUCAGAUGCAGCACCACGGUAGUGAAUGGCUGUACGAUGUUAGCUGGGUGUAAAUAAAUGCUACAAGCUUGGUAGAAAAGAAUAUGCACAAGCCGGGGGUGGAAAAUGUGCCCUACUCAGGUGUGGACCCGAUGGAGGACAGUGAAGAGCCACUGGAAAGUCAGCAGUUAGACCUCGGGGAGAAGGAGGUGGAAAGCUUCAGCCGGCUCAAGCAGGCCUCGCAGUUUUGGACCAGGAUGGAUGAAAUUACUCGGCUGUUGGGCAGCAUAGAGCGCACACGCACCGAAAGUGUUUCCACACAGUCGACGGGCAGCAAACUGGCCCUGCUCCAUCGGCUUCACCAGCUGAUGACCUGCGUCGAGGACUUGAACCCCAAAAACGAGCUGCACGAGAAGGUGGUCAAGACCCUGGAUUACGCCUUCCUCGUCUGCGGCAAGAGAGCCAACAAGCCGAAGAAGGACAGCUUCAGGUUGCACAUGGUAACGUGGAAUGUGGCUACAGCUGAUCCUCCAGACGAUGUGACCACACUUCUCCACCUGAACUCCCCAAAGAGCCCUGACCUUUACGUCAUUGGUCUGCAGGAAGUGUACUCUGGCCCGUUGAGGUUUGUGUCAGACGCUGUGUUCGAUGACCCGUGGAGUUAUCUAUUUAUGUCGCUUUUAGCACCACAGAAAUACAUCAAGGUGUCGUCCAUAAGAAUGCAGGGCCUGCUGCUGCUCUUCUUCUCCAAGCUGGAGCACGUCCCCUUCAUCAGAGACGUCCAGGCCACAUACACACGCACAGGCCUCUUUGGUUACUGGGGUAAUAAAGGCGGCGUCUCCAUCCGAUUAUCUUUCUAUGGCCACACGCUCUGCUUCCUUAACUGCCACUUGGCUGCUCAUAUGAACUACGCCUCAGAGAGGGUGGAUGAGUUUGAAUAUAUCAUGGACACGCAGAGCUUUGACUGUAAAAGAGCUCCAACUAUUGUUGAUCACAGAUUGGUUUUCUGGUUUGGAGAUCUCAACUUCCGAAUUCAGGAACACGGCAUGCACUUUGUCCGCACCUGCAUCGACAAGCAGAACUACAGCCUGCUGUGGAGCAAAGACCAGCUGAUCAUGAUGAAGCAGAAGGAGCAGGUGCUGCAGGAGUUUGAGGAGGGGCCUCUGGACUUUCAGCCCACAUAUAAGUUUGAUCGCAACUCUGAUAAUUAUGACACCAGACUCUACAACACAUGGUUUGGCUUUAACGCUAAGAAGCGUAAACCUGCCUGGACUGACAGGAUUCUGUGGCGACUCCGACCCAAAGCCCUGCCCCCGGAUGAGGAAAAUGAAAACAAAGUUGGGCUAGAUGCAAAGAAGCUCAAGCAGCUGGAAGAGGACAUGGAGUACCCCCUGAAAAUCAGACAGGACAUGUACACCAGCAUCAUGGAGUACAGCAUCAGUGACCACAAGCCUGUCAUUGGUAUCUUCACACUGGAGCUGAGGAAGAUGUACGAGACUCCUCUGGUGCGUCUGCGGGCAGAGGGCGACUGGAGCGCAGAUAUUGAUGCCAUGGUGGUCUACAGCCCUCUGCAGCCAUUCCCCUCCAGUACUUGGGACUGGAUCGGCCUUUAUAAGGUUGGUUUCAGCAGCGUGUCAGACUACAUCACCUACACGUGGGUCAAAGACGACGAGGUUGCCUUCAACGAGGAGGUUAUACAGGUGGUAACUCAUGUCUCAGUUUAUGUAAGUAAGGAGGAAAUCCCCGUGCAGGGAGGAGACUGCGUGCUGUGCUACUACUGUAACGCUCUGAAGUGCAUCAUUGGAAUAAGUGAACCAUUCCAGGUCCAGGCAUCCAAGGUAGCCAUUGAGGAAGGCAUGCUGCCUGAAAGGAUCAAUGGACUCGACAAAGCUGUGUCUGGUGAUGACUUUUAGAACUGAAGUGUCAAAAGUCGUAGAUUUGGAAACUGUAAGGUUUUCUCUGUCGCAUUUCUUAACCUGCAGUUGAAAAAGCAACUUAGGAACUGUUCUCUCUUUUCCACAUCUGCACCACUGACCUCUCUAAUGCUACCAGUGAGGCUGUUUUGUUAUUUAUUCCUCAGCAGUCAAACGCAUUAAAAUGGAAGCUCACAUUUAAAUUGGCAUCAUGUUGAGCAAAGAAAUUUUACUUUUCUUUUACUCUUUAUGAGUAAAAAUAAAUAAGAUGGAAUGCUUAGAUUUUACCAAAUAUGUUUGUGUCAUGGUGGAUAGGUGAAGAAUAUUUUAGGGUUUGUGAUACUCAAGGAAAUGGUUAAGGCCUGAUUAUCCACAAACCACUGCAGAUACAAUUACUCAUUCUUGUACUGUUUUUUUUACCACACGGAUCCAUGCAUUCACUCCACGAUGACCAAAGUUAUAUCACUGAAUCCACCCAGUGGACCCCCCUCCACACUUGCAGUAACUACAGUGGUGUUCAGAGCCAUUGCGAACCAAAGUUUCAUGUCACACCACUGUUUUUGAACUAUUUUGCAACCCACAAAUAUUCACCUCCAGUGGUUUUCAAUUUGAAGGUGUUUUCAAGACUUAACAGCUCCUCUGGGUUUAUGCUUUAUGGCUUUUGCCACAAAUCAUAAAAAAACAACUUUUCACUGAAAUUAAAAUAUCUGACACUUCUGUUCACAUCUCCUGAUGUGCAGAAUAUCACAAGUCAAGUCUUGCAUAGUCCAAAUGGAGGCACAUGAAAGCUUGGCUUUGUACUGGUCUGAACACACUAUAAUGCUGUGGGAGGAAAAAUACUCACACCUACUCUUAAGAGUAGGUUCGGCUCCAACUUCACUUUACUGCUACUGUAAUGAAAAGGAAAAGGGAACAUGAGUUAGCAAAACCCACGGGCCGUGUUUGUUUGAAGGGCACCAUGGUCACGUUCAGACUGAGUAGUUAUUCUGUGAAAAAUGAGCGGUCAGCCUCCACUGCUUACUACUUGGAGACGAGUAUCCUCGAUGCCAGUGUGCGAACCUACACUGCUAAGUUUUUAUUUCAGUGGCAAAGCCGGUGUGAUGCCAGACCAGCUGCUUACACAUUAAAAAUGUCUUAAUUUAUGGUUAGAUAAUGGCUAGUUAGAGCAACCCCUCAGAUGACAGUAGUCAAAAGAAGCUCUACGUCCACAGUCACUGCAUGUGACUGUGUAGAGGUCUGCAGGACCAGACAACUUAAAUUUCCUUUCCACUCUUCUUUAAAGCAGUACAGCCUUAAGCAUCGCUGAGGUACGUAAGCUGGAUCUAGUCAUGAUUUUAAAUGUUUCCUGUGUUAUUUAAAAUAUUAACUGGGCUUUUGGAAUAUCCAGCCCUGUGACUGUGAGUGCUAUUGGAAGGUGAGAUGAUUUCGUAGCUUUGAUUUUUCUCUUCUCAGUGUUUUAAUGAACUUCAGUUGCUCCUGGAGGACUUGAAAGAAUAGCUGUAUAAUACAACCUUUGGGGUUUUUUUGUUUUUGUUUUUUUUUUAGCUGUGGCUGAUUUUUUCUUUGCUUUCUGCCAUCCACCUUCUGGAAGGUUCCAGUUUUAUAUAAGAAAAACAAUGAUUCCUAUCAAGGUUGAUUGUGACGUCACAGCAAAAACCUUCAAGAAAUGUUGCACUGUUUACUGUAUUUGUAGGCUCUCAUGGUAUUGUUAGUGUGAUUAAAUACUAUAUAUAAAUGUGUAGUUUUGAUUGAACCAUGUGGAUUCAACAAGUGCCUCUGACACACCGCUUUACAUUUACUGUACUGUAUUAUGCUGCUUAACUUUGAUACAUGUAUCGUAACAUUGACUUGAUUACUUAAACAUGGCAAAAUGUUUGUGCCCCGUUGGAGAUCUUUUUGAAAUGUACAUAUUUUGCUUUGGUCUGUAGAAACAUUUCCUGAUCUGGAUUAUUUUAGUUUUAAGCUUUCAAGGUAUCAGCUGUAGAGGUGUCUCCCCCUUCUCUUGAAUUUAAAGAAACUAAAUGGCAUUUGACUUGUGAUGCUCAAAGCACCAGUAAAAAAAAGAAUAUUUACUACAUACAUGUAUAAAUAUGUUAGGAAAACUCUGAAGCAAAUUCUCUUCCCAGACAUUAUGACCCAAUGUUAGCUAACAGCACACUUCCUUUAAUUGGCAGAUGUAGACAAAAGAAAGAAAAUAAUUCCUGCUCACUGCUUGCAGUGACGUUUGUGGAUUGUUGUAAGGAACCGGGUUAUGGUUUAUGAAAAGAAAUACUGCUGCUGAGUGUUAAUACCAAAUUAACUUUUUGAGAUUCCAGGUUCCACUGUAUUCUCAAUAAUGUCACAUUUCUAAAACUUGGAAACCCACACCAAAAUAAUCUAGAUGAGUGCUACAGUCCAGGUUAAAUAUGCGAAAAUAUGCACACUUGAGUUUUAGAGGGGAUUGUCCCUUUAAAUAUUGCUGUUUUAAACUUUGAGCUACAGAAAUAUUUGUUGUGAAUGUUGCCGUUAUUGACUUGUUGAAAUUAGUUAUACUUGCACACACAUAUAUACAUAUAUCAAUAAAUAUACAUAUGUUUUAACUGAAGGCUGACUUAUUUUCUGAAAUGCCAAUGAAACAAACUGUAACAGAAUGCAAAUAAAUUUAUAGCUUUGAAUAUG